UAGGUAAUAUCUGUGUGUGACCCUGAGAUGGCCUGUGUGGCUGGUGGAGUUAAUGAUUACCCAGCAGUCUAAGCUACUUGGUUCUUCUGGGCUGCAUAGUUCACAUGCAAAGGAGUCUCCAGAAAGCACCAUGUUUCCUUUGUUCUUUGGGGCUGGACUGGUGGUUCUUAACCUAGUGACCUCUGCUAGGAGCCAGAAGACAGAACCCCUUAGUGGCUCUGGGGACCAGCUGCUCUUCCGUGGAGCAGAUCAAAAUGACUUUGCCAUCAUGAUCCCUCCAGGAGGCACAGAAUGCUUUUGGCAAUUCGCCCACCAGAUGGGAUACUUCUUUUUCAGUUAUGAGGUUCAGCGCACACUGGGAAUGUCACACGACCGGCAUAUUGCUGCCACUGCACAUACCCCACAAGGUCUUCUCAUAGACACCUCUUGGAAUGUUCGAGGCCAGAUUAACUUCUCUACCCAAGAGACAGGUUUUUAUCAGCUUUGUCUAAACAAUCAGCAAAAUCACUUUGGUUCUGUGCAAGUGUACCUCAACUUUGGAGUCUUCUAUGAGGGGCCCGAGAUGGACCACAAACAGAAGAGUGAACGAAAACAGCUGAAUGAUACUCUGGACGCGAUUGAGGAGAGUACACGUAAGGUGCAGAGCAAUAUCUUCCACAUGUGGCGAUACUACAACUUUGCUCGCAUGAGGAAAAUGGCUGACUUUUUCCUUCUCCAAUCAAACUAUAACUACGUGAACUGGUGGUCAAUGGCCCAGAGCCUUGUUAUCGUUGUCUCUGGGAUCCUGCAGCUGUAUUUCCUGAAGCGUCUCUUCAAUGUCCAAAUGACUACAGACACAAAGAAGCCAAGAUGCUAAGCUACAAC